AUGAGUUCGCCUUUGGAUAACCCGGGUGCCGCUCUUGCGGGUAUUAUCACGAACCCAACAAGUCUGGGAUUCAUCCCGGUAGCUGUUCACUUUGACAUCUUCACGAUCCUUGCGCGGGCUGGAAAACCUAUCACCGCUGAAGAGGCGACUGAGAUUAGCAAUGCGAAGAUUCGUGAGAGGGCAAAGGGGGAGCCAGAGUUAGGUAUGUCUGUCUUAUCUGAGGACACACUCUACAUCAUGACAGGACUGGGUUUGGUCGACCAGGUCUCUGAGAAUGUCUUCGGUGCGAAUGCCAUUACGAAUCAUUUGGCUGAUUGGGAAGGCGCAACGAAUGGAGCCCUUCACUUUACCAUCGAAGGCCUCCUCGCCGGAGCAUUCACGUACUCGAAACUAAAAGACACCAACUUCGCCUACCCCUUCGCGGAAGCUGACACCCCAAUGCAAUACGCCCACAAACGCCUCGGAAAUGAAGUCCUCUCCAAAAAACACACCUACUCCAUCAUGGCAGACGAAGGCCGAAUGGACAGCUUCAACAUGUUCAUGGUCCAAAAGUUCUCCAAAAUGCCCAAAGCCCCAGAAAAUAUCAAGUCCCUCGGCUACGACCUCGACGCCGCCAUCUCCAGCGCCCCCAAGGACUCAGUCGCAGUAGUCGACAUUGGCGGCGGCCACGGCCACACCCUGCUAUCCUUCAAAGAAGCCUACCCCCACCUCAGCGCCGACAAGCUAAUCGUCCAAGACUUCUACGCAACCGUCGACACAAUCCCAGGCCUCACACUGAUGAAAUACAACUUCAAAGACACGGCCCCGCAACCCGUCCAAGGCGCACAUAUCUACUGCUUGCAGCACAUCCUGCACAACCACCCGGACCUAGAAUCGAUCGCUCUCCUGCAGAAGACCGCCGCUGCGAUGAACGAUGAUUCACGCUUGUUGAUUAUCGAAGCCACGAAGAAUGCGAAUAACGCGGCGAUGCAUGCGGCUAUGGUUGCGCUUUAUGGGGGCAGGGAGCGAAGUAGUGAGGAGUGGAAGCUUAUGGCGGCGGUGAGUGGGUUGGAGGUUACGUUUGAGAGCUAUCCCGAGUUUGGGGAGUGUUUGGUGGAGAUGCGGAAGGUUCGACGCAGUAAAUAG